GAUGCCUCCCGACCACAAGCAGAAGAGAACACGCAGGAGGAAUCCCACUCCUCAUUUUCCCCGAGGAAGUGUUCGGAGAGCCCAAAACAUUCUUCUAUGUGCAACUUGGUCGUUCUUAGAUAGCCCGAACACGGCGAGCUGUGUGGGCCGGCGGCUUUUGGCGACAACUCGACUGCCUUUUUUUUUUUUUUUGAACAAUGCUUCGCAAGCGCCGCCACAUCACGCACGGAGCGGCGGCGUUGGUUCUGCUCUUCUUCGGUCACAUCAUCUUAGCUGCUGGCAGCGGAGAAAAAGCCUCACAGAGUCGGGAAGACGCGCAUGGGAUCGCCAGCAGGCAACUCGCAGACCUUCAGAAGAUCGUGUUUGUCAUCCAGAGUCAAAGCAACUCCUUUCACGUGAGGCAAGCAGAAAAGCAAAGGGCGGAUUUACUGAAGCAGGCACACGCUCAGUCAGAGAAACCACCGGUGGUUCUGCUUCUGCACAAUUUAUCAGACAAUGAAGGAGACUGGAGUAUCCUUCCUAUGCUGCCAUACUUGUCUCGCUCCUUUGGGAAGAAUUCCUCCUGGAUUCUGUUUCUCGAGGAGGAGACCGAUGUGAGGAUGACGAGGCUGGUUGAAGUCCUCGCAAAGUUUGACAAGAAUAAAGAAUGGUUUCUCGGGAAGCCCCUCCAUGACGAGGAGUCCACCAUCAUCCAUCACUACGCCUUCGCAGAGAACCCCUCCAUCUUCAAAUACCCUGACUUCUCCGCCGCGUGGGCCUUAAGCAUCCCCCUCGUAGUCCGGCUUGCCGACAAAGUCAGAGAAGAGCCGCUGAAAUCAGACUUCACCAUUGACCUGAAACACGAGGUGUCCUUGUACAUUUGGGACAACGGCAAGGGACCACAUCUGACUGCCGUACCCGAGUUGUGCACUGAGACCGAGGACUCUCCGAGGGCCGACUUCUGUGCCACCACUCUGAGUGCCAAACCUCCUCCCUGUGGUGAGCCGGUGAAUGAAGAAGAUGUUUUUGUGGCCGUAAAAACUUGUAGGAAGUUCCACAGUGAAAGAGUUCCAGUGAUCAAGAAGACUUGGGAGAGGGACGCCGUCUAUUUGGAGUACUACAGUGACCACGCAGAUCCUUCAAUACCCACCGUCAACUUAGGCGUGCCCAACACCGAGCGUGGCCACUGCGGAAAAACAUUUGCCAUCCUCAAAAGGUUCCUCAGCGGCGACGUCCCCCAGACCGAGUGGCUCGUCAUCGUGGACGACGACACCCUGAUCAGCCUCCCCAGACUGCGAGGCUUGCUGAGCUGCUACAGCCCGUCAGAAUCGGUGUGUUUGGGGGAGAGGUACGGCUACGGCCUCAGCCAGGGAGGUUACAGCUACAUCACGGGAGGCGGAGGAAUGGUGUUCAGCAGGGAGGCGGUGGUGCGACUCCUGAACAGCGGCUGCAAGUGUUACAGCAACGACGCGCCAGACGACAUGGUGCUGGGAAUGUGCCUCAACGCUCUCGGGAUUCCCGCCACGCACAGCGCACUUUUCCACCAGGCCCGGCCAGAAGACUACGCCAGGGACUUUCUCGCUCACCAGGUGCCCAUUUCUUUCCACAAACACUGGAACAUCGACCCAGUUGCCGUUUUUAACAAAUGGCUGACAGGCGAGAUCAAAAACUCAGACAAACCUAAUAAGAAUGCUAAAACUGAGCUAUGAAAAACUUUAAAUGUGUGGAUAAAUAUGUGAGUGUGUUACUAUGGAGAUACAAUGGGGCAAAAAAGUAUUUAGUCAGCCACUGAUUGUGCAAGUUCUCCCACUUAAAAUG